CACUUCCUAAAAUAGCACCGCCUCAAACAAAACAAACAACUCUCCACACAACCUGGAGAGAACGCCCCUGUGAAGAAAACCUACUGCAGCGGACAUACAAAAUACAUUUAUAUUAAUUACCCGUCUAUAAUCGAGAGAUUGUGUGUUUUAAUACAAGUACAGAGGCUGUGGGCUGGUAAUUACAUCUAUGAUGGCGUCCAGCUACAGCGCGAAAGAGGAAGAUGGUCAACACUCCGGACCCGCGGGGCUCGGCGGAGCCGCCAUCCGCAAUAGAAAGCCCGACAACACGGCCUUCAAACAGCAGCGGCUCCCCGCCUGGCAGCCCAUCCUGACCGCGGGGACCGUGCUGCCCGCCUUCUUCAUCAUCGGCCUCAUCUUCAUCCCGAUAGGAGUCGGUCUCUACGUGACGUCCAGUAACAUCCGGGAGCUCGAGAUUGAUUAUACGGGGACUGACCUGUCCAGCCCGUGUUUUAACUGCUCUCAGAGCUUCAGCUGGAACAGCUCCACUCCCUGCAGAUGUGUCCUGUUCUUCUCUCUAGACCAGCCUUUCGAAAGUAAUGUCUUCAUGUACUAUGGCCUCUCAAAUUUCUACCAAAACCAUCGGCGGUAUGUGAAGUCCAGAGAUGACAGCCAGCUCAAUGGAGACGAGCGCUCACUAAAGGAGCCAAGCAAAGAAUGUGAGCCGUACCGCACUAAUGAAAACAAGCCCAUAGCCCCGUGUGGAGCCAUUGCUAACAGCAUGUUUAAUGAUACAUUGGAUUUGUUUUACAUCGAUCCCAAUGGAACAAAAACCCAGAUUCCAUUCAUCAAGAAGGGCAUUGCAUGGUGGACGGACAAACAUGUGAAGUUCAGGAACCCUGGUGGCAGUAACCUGAAUCUUACUGCUGUUUUUAAAGACACAGCGAAGCCGGUCAACUGGCACAAGGCUGUUUAUGAGCUGGACACCGACUCAGAAAACAACGGCUUCAUAAAUGAGGAUUUCAUAGUGUGGAUGCGCACGGCCGCGCUGCCCACCUUCAGAAAGCUCUACCGCAUCAUUCAGAAGAAGAACAACAUGACACCCACACUUCCCAGGGGCAACUACAGCCUGGAAGUCACCUACAACUACCCCGUGCGCAGCUUUGAAGGCCGGAAGCGUGUGAUCUUCAGCACCAUCUCCUGGAUGGGAGGGAAAAACCCCUUCCUGGGCAUCGCCUACAUGACUGUGGGCUCCAUCUGCUUCUUCCUCGGCGUGGUGCUCCUCUUCAUUCAUCACAAAUACGGAAACCGCAACAACAGCUCUGAUAUUCCCAAUUAAGAUUGUGAAGUGCAUGCGUUCUGUAAGACACAGUGUUUGUGUGUGCACUUGAGCAGCAUGCUUCAGUUGGGGUUUUGAAGGUGCAAGAGCAUUUGACCACUUGAUGUUCUGUUAAUUUAUUUAUUCCACUUCAAAUUUUUAUUUGAUCGUUUUAAUUUUUUCGGAUGAUGGUUGAUGGUUCAUUUCAAGCAUAUUUUGGCCGUUGAUAUGCUCGCAUGUCUGAGUCUGAGGUUAGUGUGAUAUUACAGCAUCCAGGAUAAAGACCAGGACAGUGAAUGAAUGUAUAUUUGUGUUUCAUAGAAAUGGUUUUACUUUAUGACUACGUUUAACAGUUUAAUGUACAAAGAAUAAUUUCACUUUUCCUUGAGGUUCAAAAGUGCAAAGUCUGUGGCUCCGUUUACUUCCAAACUUCAUUGAAAUGCUAGAUUAUGGUAGGGAUCAAUAACAGUUACCACUAAACACGGAGAUGCUUGUGCUUUGCUGUGUGGAAUUAAUGGCUUGCGGCGAGGACCAAACGUUUUGUUCUGUGUCUGUUUAAGUGAAGCUGUCUCGGGCUCAUUUUGGCUGUCAUGUCUUUUUUUAAGUGUUUAAGCAUGUCUUCCUCUAACAAAUAUGCACUUUAGAAUGUGACAAGCCAUACAUUUUUUGACCAGUUUUUAGGAGUGUGUGUUUUGUUGCCUGGUGAAUAAAAUGUCUAAUUGCUGAA